AUGUCAGAACAGAUUGCUGUUGAUCUGGAUUAUGACUCGGCUAUCGAAAUUCCACUCGACGAUUCGUUAAAUCUAUCACUUCGGUCCAGCCUGCUCCAUUUCGCGCAAGAAAAUGGACGUACUUACCAUAGGUUAAGUGAAGGGAAGUAUGCCUACCCAAAUGACGAUAUUGAAAAUGAUAGACUCGACCUGCAAGACGGCAUGUAUAUCAUUACGCUUGACGGGAAAAGGGCCUUGAAUCCCGGAGCCGAUACAGCCAAGCGAGUUUUAGAUAUGGGUACCGGAACGGGGAUUUGGGCAUUGGAAUUUGCUGAGGAACAUCCGGCUGCCGAAGUGAUCGGCGUUGAUCUGAGCCCCAUCCAACCUCCAUUCGUACCGCCAAACUGCAGUUUCGAGAUCGACGACCUUGAGAAAGAGUGGACAUGGACGACACCAUUUGACUUUAUCUUCUCUCGCAUGAUGACAGGAAGCUUCUCCGACCCAGAAACAAUAGCGAAAAAAGCAUUCGAUGGUCUUAGCCCCGGCGGUUGGUAUGAGAUCCAAGAUAUCCAACUCCCCGUCUUCUGCGACGAUGGGACUCUCGACCCAGAAACGUCACCACUAAUGAAGUGGCAAGAAUGUCUCAUCGAAGGCUCUCGUAAACUUGGUCGCCCACUUGGCGAGUCUGACAAGUACAAAGCCAUCAUCAAGGAGGCCGGGUUUGAAAAUGUUGUUGAGACUAUCUACAUAUGGCCUACCAACGGCUGGCCCCAAGACCCAAAACUCAAGGAACUUGGGAAGUGGAACCUCAUCAACUUUGAGUCAGGUCUUGAGGGCGUGAGUCUGGCUCUGUUCACCAGGGUGCUCGGUUGGUCAAAAGAUCAAGUGCUAUCUCUUUGCGCGGAUGUGAGGAAUGAAUUGAGGAAUCCGAAGGUACAUGGAUACUGGAAGAUAUACGUGGUCUAUGGCCAAAAGCCGGAGAAGGAGACAGCUUGGUAG